UAAUACUACGGGCUCAGACGAUUAGGAGUAGAAUAAAGAGUUAUUAUUCACGUGAUUGUAACAUCCGGGACUUAAAUAUUUGAGCGGGUUUCGAUACUCGUGCACGUACCAGUUUAUGUACGCAGAGCAGAGAGAAUGACUACUGUUCAAACACAGAUUUUGUCGCUGAAAGGUAGUGCUAAGAUGGUAACCGAGUUCUUUGGAUACGCUGUACAAACUAUCUUAUAUUCGAGAGCUCUCUAUCCUGACACUUCGUUCAAGCAAGAGCAAAAAUACGGUUUAUCCUUGAUGAUUACUACGGAGGAAGGAGUCAAAACAUUUCUUGAUAAUAUCCUGAAGCAACUGAACUUGUGGCUGGUACAGAAGAAGGCACAAAAGCUUGUUCUCGCUGUGAAAGACGUAGAAACAGAUGAAGUCAUUGAAACUUGGAGAUUUAACGUAGAAAAUUCUAGUGAACGUGAAGAGGAAGAAGCUGACGUGGACAAAAUUAGGCGCGCAAUUCAAAAUUUGAUGAGGCAGAUAAUUUCCAGUGUUGCGUUUUUGCCUGUUCCGGCUGAUGACAUUAGACGUGCUUUUGAUCUUUUGGUGUAUACUGACAAGAAUGCAGAGACACCGCCGUUGUGGGAAGAAACGGGUCCACAGCUCGUUGCGCAUAAGCACAGAGAAGAAGUUCAGCUGCCUGGCUUUAACACUGGUAUUCACAAGGUGGAUGCAUUAGUAGCUUACAAAGUUAACCUAAGUUGACUGGUGAAUGGUCUUUUAUUUGAUAUUGGAUUAGCUAGUUCUAAAAACUAGCAUACUGUAGAUCUAAAGAUAAGUUGCAUCUAUAUCUAAAGCAGGUAUUAUUGUACCUAUGUCAUUCUUUCUAUCUUUGUGUUGGUCAUACAGCAACUGUGAAUAGUAAUUCACAAUGGCAUUGUGUAUUUGUGGGUAUGGUGAUGGGUAAUCAGUGAUUGAAGGAAUGAAAUGGAGCAACUCAUUGUUAUU